AUGACCAAACGUGAUCGUACAAUCUACAGCUGUGACGCGUGUCGGUCACGUAAAAUCAAAUGUAACCGACAAACUCCAUGUGCCUCAUGCCACAAAUCCAAAAGAGACUGUGUCUACACCGUCUCCAGACAACGAGAUGCCCAAAUCACAAAUAGAAAACUCGACAAAAAGACCUACCACCAGAUAUCAGCAAUCGAGAAAAAGAUCUCGGCUCUAGAAGGCAAGAAAGGGCUCCUCCAGGUAGAAACCAUCAACUUUAACAAGUCAUUCACUGACCAAACACCACUAGUCGAAUUGCAAAGCCUUUUCCCGUACCUACUAUUAUCCAAACAAGAUCCAGGGUGUGUGUUGGUGAGGCACCACUGCCACCAUUUGCUUGAAAAAGAUCCACGUUACUUUGAGUACUCCCAACUACUUGCAGAUUUACUGCUUACCAAAAGACACCACCUAACUGCCAGGGCCAAGGCAUUACUUGGAGAAGCAUACAUACCGAGCCCACAAGAAGGCCACACCAUCGACCAACUAAAACAUGUCCUUAGCCUCAACCCGAACUUUAGAUUUGCAGGAAACUUUGCUGACCCAUUAACAUCGUUCUUUAGUCUCAUCCCCCCAGCAUGGGCCAACAAACAGUUGGUGGACACCUUCUUCCAGCACAUCUACCCCGUGAUCCCCAUCAUAGACGAAACUGACUUUAACACCUCCAUCAAUAGAGUGUUGGGCCCACAGAUCGACGGACAUUACAUAAACUCGUUCCCUAGUAUCGGGUCAGCCGACGACCUACCGUUUUUGGCAUUGUUCUUGUUGGUGUUACGAAUCUCAUACAUGUACACACCCGGUGCAUGUCCCGUUUCCUACGACACACUCCGUGCUGCAGAAACCAUCAUGAAAGAGUUUGACAUUACCAAAACCCACUCGCUCACUGCCCUCCAGGCAGAAAUCAUGCUUAGGUUCUAUAAAAUCGUGGCACCAGAACUGUACACCCAGAGCAACUAUGUCCAAGUAAGUGUGGGUGUCCUUAUCCAAAACUGCUACUCGCUCGCCUUACAUCGAGACCCAGAGUACAUUGGCGAACACAACCCCAAGCAACAGCAUUUGCGAAGAAAAAUAUGGCACCUCCUACUACGCAUGGAGGUGAUCGAUAGCGCCAUUUUCCAAACCAUCUUAUCGUCAAACCCCGACGCAAGUGAUACAAAACUCCCUCAACUUAUCGACCAAGCACCGCCAAUGGAGCAAAGUAUAGUGAAACACAUCUGGCGCAGCACCGACUUGUUCGUGCUGUUGCGCAAACUUGUCGAGAUCAAUUCAAAAACUUCCGAAGACACACCCUUGGAAACCGUGCUAGAACUACUUGUCGAAGUAGAAACCAAACUCCAAGCCUUUCUUGCCACCAUUGAUUCCGAAGCUAGUACUGUGUUCUACAACGAUUUGGUCAUUUUCUCAGUAAACUUUCUUUUGGUGUACAUGUACUAUUCGCUCUACUUAUUCAAGGGACCUACCCCAUUGGGCAACAAGUACCUCCUCAAGUCAGCACAGAUCCUAUUUGUCGACCUCGCCAGAACACGAUCCACAUCCCUCUUCCUCGCAUACUUUAAUCUCAACUACAUCCACCUUGUCCUAAUGAUUACCAACUUUUUGAGAAUGAGAGUUGACUGCAUCAUACAUCGACACCUACGAGCCCAGGACAGCUCUGUCCAGGACCUACAGUGCUGCAGGUACUUCCUCAAGAUAAUCUUCUUUUCCCACGUAAAAGAGUUGGGCAACUACUCGUCGCUGCACAAAUACGCGUGGCAGAUGCGAAAAGUGUACUUGACACUUGCCAAAAUCAUGGAACGGUCGUCCGAUGUACUUAUUUCCAACGACCCCGAGCUCGUCAAAUCCGCGGCAGUCGACAUACCCGUCAAAGAGAUAAACAAAUUGCUCGAACAGUACAUCAACUUUAAAGGGUUUACCCCAACUACAUUGUUUGACCCAACAGACAACGAACUUAUCGACGAAAUGCAGCAUGAAAAUCUAUGGAAUGCUAUGGAAAAUAUAGAGUAUAGUGAAAAGGUUUAUAGCGGCUGGAUCGACGCAAUCAAAAACGUACCGUCAAACUGGGACUGGGAUUAUUGGGAUUUCCUCAAAAUCUCGUAA